AUGGGUGCCGCCGAGAGCGCCACACCGGAAGUAAGCAGCCCAGUCGCCCCAGAUGAGCAGAAGAAGAAGGGCUACGGAUGGCGGUUCUGGGCCAUCUUCCCUGGUCUAUGCAUCGGUGGCAUGCUGAGCGCUCUUGAUUCGACCAUUCUGUCUACCGUCCUGCCUACUAUAUCCAAAGAGCUCAACUCGGAGGAGAUGUACGUUUGGGCAAUCAAUGGAUACUUCGUCAGCCAAACAGCCGUCCAGCCUUUGUACGGCCAAAUUUCCGAUAUCUUCGGUCGUCGAUGGCCGAUGAUAAUCUCCGUGGCUAUCUUCGCCUUGGGUAGUGGCCUCUGUGGUGGAGCAUCGAGUUCAAAUAUGCUCAUCGCAGCCCGAGUUGUUCAAGGUCUAGGUGGCGGCGGAAUCAAUGUCAUGACAGAGAUCAUUGUUGCAGACCUAGUGCCUCUACGUGAGCGGCAAGCUAUAAUGGGAAUUAUAUUUACAGCCUUUGCUGUCGGGACUUUUAUUGGACCGGUAAUUGGAGGAGCAAUCGUGGACAAUACUAGUUGGAGAUGGGUGUUCUAUAUCAACCUGCCCCUGUGUGGAGUCACUUUAGUCCUCAUGCUGCUCUUUCUGCAUGUGAAUUAUGACCGCCAGUCGACCGUCAUGGCGAAGCUCAAACGAGUAGAUUUUGCGGGAAACGCCAUUUUAAUCACCUCAGUGAUUUCCAUCCUGCUGUCCCUCACCUGGGCUGGAACAACGCACCCUUGGAAGUCCUGGCGCACCAUCGUGCCGCUUAUUUUGGGAUUCGCAGGGAUGGGGGCGUUUUUUGCCUACCAGAGCAGUCGCUGGUGUCUCGAGCCCACUAUGCCUCUUCGCUUGUUUUCCAAUCGGACUGCCGCCAUUACCUACAUGAUGAGCUUUUUGCACGGUAUUAUCCUUUACUGGGUCAGCUUAUUCCUUCCCGUGUACUUCCAGUCAAUCCUGGAGGCCUCGCCAGAGAAGUCCGGAAUUGACCUUUUCGCCUCCGUUAUCCCCAUGGUCCCAGGUGCCAUCAUCGGAGGGGUUCUCAUCACUGUCACCGGCAAGUACAAGCCGCUCCUGGUCGUUGGAUUCAUCCUGAUGGCUAUCGGAAUGGGACUCUUCACUAUGCUAGAUGAUCAAACCAACACCGUUCGGUGGGUAGUUUACCAGGUGGUGUUGGCUAUAGGAUCUGGCAUUUCCCUUAUUGCCACACUUCCUGCUGUUCUAGCGAGUCUUCCCGAGUCCGACGUUGCGUUAGCCACAGCAACUUGGGCCUUCCUUCGCAGUUUCGGAUCUAUUUGGGGAGUUUCAAUUCCUUCUGCUAUAUUCAACACGCGGUUUACUCAGCUGGUCGGUCGCAUCGACAGUCCGCAGUUGCAGAAUAUUCUUGUCGGGGGAGGUGCAUAUCAACUCGCUACCAAAGCAUUUAUGCAGUCACUGGACGACACGCCCAUGAUAAAGGCGCAGGUAGUAAGUGUGUAUGUUGAAAGCUUGAAGCUCGUAUGGCAAGUGGGAAUUGCCUUUGCCGCAAUCGGAGUGCCUUUGUCUUUCCUGAUUCGGAGUCUUGCAUUGCGCGACCAGCUGGAUACGGAGUUUGGGUUUGAGGAGAAGAAGAAGGAGGCCGACGAGGAAGUCACUACCAGCAGUACUAGUAUGUAG